AUGGGAGGUAAGGCUUCUCCAUUUGGUGAUGUUUACAGCUAUGGGAUCCUCUUGCUAGAGAUGUUUACUGGAAAGAGACCUACCGACAACAUGUUCAAAGAUGGACCGACUCUUCAUAAUUUUGCUAAGAUGGCGUUACCUGAAAUAAUUGAUCAAAUAGUUGACCCUAUGCUUCUACCUAGCAGCAGCAGAGAAGGACAAGACGAAGAGGAAGGCAUUAUCGAUCCAGAUGAUUCUAGUGUGAAACAAGCAGGCGAAUGCUUGGUCUCAGUAAUAGGAAUUGGAGUUGAAUGUUCAGUUGAAUCUCCGAGAGAAAGGAUGGAUAUUGGUGAUGUUGUGAAGGAACUGCAACUAAUUAGAGACAUUCUCCUUGCUUCUCAGGCAAUUCACAACUCAACAAGCGGGAGCUUGAGAUUUGAGGCUCUUCCAGUCGUUCUGUUACUACUAACUGGAAAAAUUCUACAUCAUUUUGUCUACCUUGAUAUUUCUGGUGAAGAACUCGAGGGCAGGUGAUUAGCGGAGCUGUUUUGCUUGCUCUUAUAUGAACUAUUACCUUUGCAGAUUGAACAUUUUACUCGUCAGUUCAAAUCAUGUGUUUCUCGUAGAGAGUGUCGCAUUGCAAACUGCCCUUGGAUGACAUUCUGAUGAGACUUGGAUAUACAAUGGCCUCAAGGUCUUAUUUGGCCUAAUGCUAGUUAGUUUAGCUGAGCUUAAACAAAUGGAAUUGGUAUGUAUGAUGCCUAAAGUUCAUUGUAGUUUGGAGGACCUCCACAUAGUAGUUUAGGAUUCCCUGAAAUUGAAACUGCACUUUCAUUUGGUACUUUGCCUUCAAGUUCAUUGUUUCCAUUCAAUUCCAGUCCUUGUAGGUGUCGAAGCUUACCUAAAGACUCAGGAACACUGCCUCUGUCUGAAGUUGUUAUUAUCAAGGGAUAAACGUGUCAAAUUGACCAAAUAUUUCAAGUGGUAGUAAGAAUUUUGGAAGAGAACCAAGUAUCCUAUUAUAACCAAGACUUUCAAAUAUUUCAAGUCUCGUGGAAAGGUUACCGAUGGUUUUAGGCAGUUGUCCGCCCAAGAAAUUGUCCUCAAAGCGCAGCAGCAAACACCUCAAGGUUUGGAAGAGUAAGAGAGAAAUAGUAAACAGAAGAGAUAUUGAAAACAGAUUGAGGAAUUGUACCAUUCAACUGAUAUGGAAGAUUUGCAAGCCGCGAAUCCAAGAAGGGAUAUUUAUUUUACCAACAAGCCUAUUAAUUAUAUUGUAGAGCAAGUGAUCUAACUUGUUCAGAUUUGAAGGAAUGGUUCCAGUAAAAGAAUUCCAAGUAUGUUGCAGCUGAAGGAGGUUACCAAUUUCCAUUGGGACGAGUUUUUGUGAUCUCAUCAUGACUCUUUCAAUGGAGGGGUUGCAUGUUAAUUAUGCCCGUCCAAUUAUUCCAACAAGUCAUGUAUCAUUUGUUAUUCUAACUUUCAAGUCUAACAUCAGCUUUAAAUUCCAAGCCUGAGAUAGCCAUAGACAUAACAACAA